AUGGUGGUUGCUUCAGGGAUGCCAUCGGUGUUCUGGUCGUCGUGGUCAAAGCAGCGUACUGCUGACUAUCUUGCGGCAGAAAUCGAAAAAGUCAUCGCUGAGAUUGAGCAAGAUACUACAGCACGUGUAAUCUCGGUGGUUACAGACAAUGCAAGAAAUAUGAGGAGUGCAACGGGGAUUAUUUAUAGUCAAACGUCCGACGUAGUCAGCGGCGGGUGCUCAGCACAUGUCCUUAACCUCCUCAAGCAAGAUUUCAAACGCCUGCAGCAGGGUAUGUGGGACAUCGGUCUGAGGGCAAGAGGUUUGGUGCUGCCAGUGGCAACGCGCUGGUACUCGGCGUAUGCGUGCAUGCGGACGCCCUUUCUAGACCGCUAUCGAGAAGCAGCGAGAAUACGUCUGCUGGAUCCAACUAUUACUGCGCUUCGAGCGUUAGAGGCAGCCAAUGUGUUUGUGUCGGCGGUCUACCGGUGGUUCCGCUGGCUGCGCUAUCACUCCGCUUACGGUUUGCUUUCGUGA